CGACCUUAUUUGAGACGGUUCGUAUUAGUUUUCUUUGAUGAUAUUCUAGUCUACAGUAAAAACAUGAACGAACACAGGAAACAUUUACUUACGGUAUUUGAUUGCCUGCGGAAGGCGAAACUUUAUUGUAACCGCAAGAAAUGUGUAUUCGGGCAGACCCAGGUUGACUAUUUGGGCCAUAUUGUUACCAGCAACGGGGUGAUGGCGGACCCGUCYAAGAUCACGGCCAUGACCGAGUGGCCCAUUCCGAAGAAUAUACGAGAAUUACGYGGAUUUCUGGGGCUAACAGGGUAUUAUCGRAAAUUCGUGAAGGGAUACAGUAAAAUUGCGCGGGACUUAACGGAUCUGYUGAAGAAGGACAAUUUCCAAUGGACCGAAAAAGCCACCCAGGCUUUUCGAAACUUGCARAAUAUCAUGACUAAGGUGCCCGUUUUGGCUCUACCCGAUUUCUCGAAGACUUUUACGAUAGAGACGGACGCUUCCGGGCAGGGAGUAGGGGCAGUGUUGAUGCAAGACGAAAUGGAGACCGUAUUUACUGGGCCGCCGUUUUAUGGUUAUCACCGACCAAAAGAGCCUGAAAUAUWUGUURGAGCAGMGGGUAGUCGCGGGUGAACAUCAAAGGUGGAUCUCUAAGCUGUCGGGAUACGAUUUYGAGAUUAUAUAUCGACCGGGUAGCGAGAACGGGGCUGCCGAUGCACUGUCGCGUCGGGGAACGG